AUGGAACAAAAAACUGAAUAUGCUUCAAUGAGCGAAGAAUGGCUAGAAAUGAUAAAACCCAUGAUCAAGAAACGGUUAGAAUGGGCUGUAGAAAGAAUAUCAGACUAUGAUAUCCUGUGGGCAGAGUGUAAACAUGAAAACCAUAAUGAGACUGUAAAGAACGAACAUACAAGAGGGAUAGAAUCAUAUGAGCAAAAAGAGUGUAGUCUUUCACUUGUGAGACAAUUUUUUAUAAACAAAUAUUUGUGA